GGGCCGGCGUCCUCCGUUUCCAUGGAGACGGGCAAGAUGGCGGCCGGUCCGGCCUAGCCCGGCCUCCCCUGGCUGCAGCCCGACCCCGCGGCCUCCCCGACAGGGAUCCGACAUGGCCGAGGUGCGGAUCCGCCCGCCCGGCCUGGAGCCCGUCCCGAUACCCGCUCGGAGAAGCGCCAACACCGGCGGCGGCGGCGGCGACAACGGCCGAGGCGGCGGCGCUACCGGGGCCUGGGCCGCCGGGGCCGAGAAGCAGCAGCUCCGGGCCUCGGGGAUCCCGGCUCCUCCAGGCGGCCGGAGGAGGGUGAAGGAGAAGAAGAGGGUCGUCUGCGGGUUGGAGGUCACCAGGUGUCUCCGCUGGAAAGGCUGGCAACUGGGAAGAGAAGAGACCAAGUCCUUGGCCCUGAAAAACGUGCACGCAAAGACGCGGAAGCUCGAGUUCAGGGCCCCGGCCACGAGGUUCUUCUCGACGGUGUUUCCGCAGCCCAUCUUCCUCAGCCCCGGCAUGUCCCUCGUCCUCCCCGUCACCUUCCGGCCCUUGGAGGAGCGGGAAUACCGGGACCGGCUGAGCUUCGAGUCGCCCGAGGGGACGUUCGCGGUGGAGCUGUGGGCGUCGCUGCCCCGUCACCUCUUGCUGUGCCCCGCCAGGCUGAAGCUGCCCCUCUGCGCCGUGGCCGAGAGCUCCGAGGCCUCCUUCCCCCUACGCAAUGCGGGAGACCUGCCCACCUCCUUCAGGUGGACGGCGCCCAGCCCCUUCCGGAUUCUGCCGGCCACGGGCCGCCUGGAGCCGGGCGACCGGUGCCGGGUUCGAGUGGUCUUCCAGCCGUCCGCCGCCCUGGUCUACGACGCGCCGGCCACCUGUUGGCUCGGGGACGGGACCCGGCAGAGGCGCAGCAUCCAGCUCCGCGCCGUAGCCAAGUGUCCACAGCUGCUGGUGAUCGUGGGCUCGGAGGGGUCGGAGGGGGCGGGUUCCGCCGCCUCCCGCCCGACCCUGAAUUUUGGCCCCUGCCCCGUGGGCAGAACCACGGAGAGACGCGUCCAGCUCUACAAUCCGUCGGCGGUGAGUGCCCGUUUCCGGAUCGAGCGGUCUUGGGGCCUCCCCUCGCCCGACCCCGCGUUCUUCUGCCCCACGACCGACGGCGUGGUGCCCCCCGGCGGGCGACAGUGGCUGCCCCUGCUCUUCCAGCCCCAGACCGUCGGGGAGACGAGCGUCGACUCCUUCUCCGUCCUGCUGUCGGACAACGUCUCCCAGACGCCGUUCGGGGUGACGGGUUCCUGCGAAGGUCCCGCCCUGGUCCUGGAACGCUCCACCGUCAAUUUCGAGUGGCUCAGCCUGGGCGAACACUCCGUCCAGCCCCUGGGCAUCCGCAACCGGGCCGACGUCCCCGCCUUCUACCAGUUCGAGCUCGACGGGCGAGGGGGGGUCUUCUCCUUGGACCGGCCUUGCGGGGUCCUCCCCGGGGGAGCCCGCCGGACGCUGCGCCUCACCUUCCGGCCCACGCGGCCCCUCGUCUACUUCCGCAGGGUGGCCUGCCUCGUCCAUCACCAGGAGCCGCUGUUCCUGGACGUGCUGGGCACGUGCCACUCGGACGACACCAAGCCGGCCGUGCUGAAGCCGCGCCACCUGGGCUGGCACCGUGCCCACCUGGCCCGGGGGCUCACCCUCUACCCUCCGGACAUCCUGAGCGCCAUGCUCCAGGAGGGGCGGCUGGAGCGGGAUCCCGACGGGGCUCUCCGGUUGCCCAGACAGAGCCCGGACGACCCUCCGCCGCCGGCGCCCGCCGCCCCGCCGCCCCUGGAGGAGUACCUGGCGGGGGAGGCCGGCGGCUUUCCGGACCCCUCCCCGCCCCUGGUCGUCCUGGAGCCCCCCGAGGUCGACUUCGGGGACUGCCCCGAGCCCCCCCGGCCCCGGCCGCUGCGCCUCACCAACCGCAGCAGGGGCAAGGUCAGCGUGGCCUGGAUCCUGCCCCCGGACGGCCCCUUCCGAGUGACCCCCGAUACCUGCGAGAUCCCCCCGCUCAAGUCCGCCGCCGCCCGCCUCCACUUCCGAGCCCCGCGCCCCUAUCGCCUCUACGCGGCCGAGCUCCAAGCCUUCGCCCUCUAUGAGGUGCUGAAGGACUUCAACAACGUGGAGCAGGACUGUGCCAUCUGCCCCUCGUCGUGCCUGAAGCUCCGGGCCACCGGGCGCAGCUUCGGGCCCGGCCUCGUGCACCCCGUCCCCCGGUACACGCUCGACUCGCCCAAGCUGUUUCCAGCCGUGCCCGCCCAGGCCCCGGCCUACCGCAGCCUCCUGCUGACCAACACGGGCUCCACCCUCCUGACCUUCAGGCUUCGCCCGGCCAGCCUCCCGGCCCUCGCCGUGCGGCCCUGGGUGGGCAGCGUGGCGCCCGGAGCCCACCGGGUCAUCCUCGUCUCCACCCGCCCCCGGGGCACCGCUUGGCGACCGGACCGGCUCGCCCUGGAGCUCAACGCCUGCCCGGAUCAUACCCAGGAGAUCACGUUGCUGAGCCGGGAGGAGUCGGCGCAGCUGCGGCUGGAAGGAGGCGGGAAUCUCUGCUUCCCGCCGGCCCUCGUGGGCUUCCCCUCCACCCGCUCCUUGAGCCUGCGGAGCAGCAGUCGCCUGCCCUUGGCCUUCCAGUGGCGGAUCCCGUCCGGCCGCGCCGACCUCCUCCAAGUCCAGCCCGCCUCCGGGCUCGUCCUGCCCAACCAGGCCGCCAGGCAGGUGUGGACCUUCACGCCGGCGGAGGAGGCCGAGUACCGGCUCCGCGUGGGCCUGUGGGCGUGGGUGGCCACGGGGUCCGCGCCGCCGCCGGCCUCCGCCGUGACCCGCUCCUUCCUGCGGGUGAGCGGGGAGGGCACCGCCGGCCACCUCACGGUGAAGGAGGAGGAGCUGGACUUCGGGCCGGUGCUGGUCCACGAGGAGGAGACCCGGACGCUGACGCUGCUCAACGACGGGACCUGCGCCCUGCGCUAUCGGCUGCGGGCGGACCAGGCGCUCGGCGGACCCCGCGACCCCGACCGCGUCCGCCGAGACCCCCUCGCUCUGGAGUUGGAGCCCACCGAGGGGACCGUGGCCGCCCGCUCCAAGACCGCCGUGCGCCUGACGGCCCGGCCCGCCCGCCGGCUGCGCUACUCCUGGGUCAUCAGCGGUGCCAUCCUCGGCCGCCGAGGGUCGGAGCUGGGGGAGCGGAAGGUGCUGUGCAGGGCGACGGCGACGGGCGUGUACCCGGCCCUGGAGGUCGUCGACGCCUCCGCGGCGGGCGGCGCGCGGGGCGUCGCCCGCACCCGGCUGUGGCGGCUCUUCUCCCUGGACGCCCUCAACGGCUACCUGGGCCGGGACCCCACCCCGCCGGAGCUGCGCCGCGAGGAGCCCACCCCACGCUCGGUCCAGCGGAUCCCCCCGGUGGGCACCCCCGGGGGGCUGGACUUCAACUUCGGAGCCGCCCCCCUGGACGCCCGGCCUUCGGUCUUCCUGCUGCUCUUCAGGAACGUCAGCGCGGUGCCCGCUCGAUGGAAUUUCCUGUUCCCCAGCGAUCAGCGGAUCAGCCCGGACUUCUGGGCGGAGAAGAUGGACCUGACCCCCCAAGAACUGCACCAGAUGCGAGUUCAGGACAACCAGCUCUUCUCCAUCGCCCCCCGGGCCGGGUGCCUGGACCCGGGGCAGGAGCAGACCGUGGAGCUCACCUACAGGCACAGCUUUCCCGGAACGGACCGCUUACCCGUGCUGCUCAAGGUGUCCCGGGGCCGGGAGAUCCUGCUGAGCUUCGUGGGAGUGACCGUGCCUCCGGGCCAGGGCUUCCUCCACUUCACCUCCGCCGAGCACCAGUUCGCCCCGGUGGCCGUCGGCACCCGUCUUCCCCCGCGGCAGAUCUACGAGCUGUACAAUGGGGGUUCGGUGCCGGUGACUUUCGAAAUUCAGACGGAGCCGCUGCAGAAGGUCCGGGAGGAAAACUUCCGCCAUCCCGUCUUCUCCUGCCUCUCCCCGCUGGGCGAGGUCGCCCCCGGCUGCCUGGCUCAACUCCACUGGAUCUUCUCGCCGCUGGAGGCCAAGACCUACGUUGUGGACGUCCCCUUCCGCAUUUCGGGCGGAGAGUCGGCCCGGAUCACCUUCAAGGGCGUCGGCUACGACCCUCACGCCCUGGGAGCCGCCGGACGCUUCCACGCCCUCGCCUCCUCCGACCCCUCGCCGGCCGUCGCCAGGCUGAGCGCGCCAGGGCAGAUCGCGUUCCUGUCGCAGCCCCGCCUCCGCCUCCGGAACAUCCCGGUGCACUGCACCGUCCGCCGCCUCGUCUUCCUCAACAACCCGUCCUCGGGCCAGGCCGUCGUUUUCUCCUGGAACUUGGGCAGCGGCGGCGCCGCCGAGCUGCUGCAGGUGUGUCCCGCCAUGGGCCUGGUGGCCCCGGGGGCCAGUGCCCCCUGUGUGGUGACCCUGAAGGCGUCGGAGCACCCCUGCUUCUACAACAUCGACCUGGAGUGCGAGGUGUACGCCAAGCGGGUCCUGGCCCGGUACCGGGCGGAACUGCGGGCCUGGGAGUCCGAGCGUCUGAGGCAGGAAGAGGAGUUCACCAUCACGGAGCUCGGCCUGCAGCAAUCGCCCGGUCUGCUGGGGAAGGCCGAACAACCACCCGCUCCUGCUCGACUCUACGAGACGCUGCCCCCCAUCAAGAAUCAGAGGCCCGGUUUGCGGCCAGCCGGCCGCAGCCGGGGGAAGGGCCGGCGGGACCCCAACAAGGAAGGAUCCUGGCUCUGCCCUGAGCCCCCCGAACCCUGCCUGCUGCACCUGAGCCUCACCGCCCGCUCCCAUGCCACGGACGACUUCCUGGCAGCCUUCUAUUCAGACCUGCGGCAUCACUUCCUGUCCCGGGAGACCAAAAAGCAGCCAGCUGGGACAGACGGGCCCUGGACGGCCGAAACUCGCUCCGCCCGACCAGAUCUGGCUUCGGCCUGGCGGCACAAACAAAUGCUGACCGAUGUCCUGACCACAGUCAUCAGGGGCCUCCUCGAUGACCGGCAGUUCCACGAAGCCGUGACCAGAAGCCUGAAGGAGCCCGUACCCUUCUACUCUCAGCUGUGGAGCGAGGACUCGGCCUGGCUGUUGGCCGAGAAGGCCAGCGAGGGCUACGUACUGGACGUAUCCCCUCCGCUGGACGAAGAGGAGGAGACGGAGGAGGAGGAGGAGGAGGAGAAAGACGAGGAGGAGGAGGGGGAGGAGGAGGACGGGAGGGAAGAGGAGGAGGAGGAUUGGGAGAAGGGGGAAGAGGAAGAAAAGGAGGAGGAGGAAGUAGAGCUGGAGGAGGAGGAAGACGAGGAGGACGGGGCAUGGGAAAGAGUUUUGCCCCGGAUGAAUGUGUCCCGGUCUUCGCUGGAAAACCAGAUGCUAGAGAAGCUCAAGGCUGCCGGACUAGAGGAGAAGCAGAAGGAAGAGAAAGAAACUCUUACCCGGCUGCCGGCCUUCGGGAAGCUGUUGGAGUCGCUGCUGGAGAACAUCAUCCGGAACGUCCUGGUUGAGGCCAGCCUGGGGGAGGUGGUGCUGACCUCCCAGCCCCGGGUCGUCGCCCCGGCCCCCAGCCAGCCCAAGGAUGGGGCCCGUUCGGGUCAGUCGUCCCCCAAGCCCUCGGAGCCGUUUCCCUAAGAAAGUGCAGGGGAUGCCAGAUCCCGCCCUCGCCAACGUCUCCCGAGCCGCCGCUGCCGUCGGGAAGGCCCGGGGCCCAGCGACCCCCGACCCCUCGUCCAAUAAAGCUCCGCUCAGCCGUUCCAGUCUG